GAGAAGGAGGCGUGUAGAAUAAGGAAGGAGAGAGGGAAAGGAGGGGUUGUCUUGAGGAAGUAAGGCAGGGACAGAGAUGAAAUAUUCUCUUUAGCUUUCAUGGGUUUUGAUUUUUUCUUUGUGAGAUUCAAACAAGAAUAGGAAGUAAAACAUACGCAGAGGGAUCGAUUUUUCAUUUUCUGUGUAUUAUCAUGUUCUUCUUUGGAGUUCGAAGGAAAGAAAAGAAAUAAAGCUCGUGUUUUGUCUUUGAAUGAUCCAAUCUAGCUUUUGAAGAAGACUCUUGGUUCGUCUGCUCUGAGGUGCAACUGAAGUAAAGAGUGUGCAAAAGUUGUUAAUUUUGUUCGGAUUCUUAAUUUCAGAUGCAGAUGAUGUCUGGAGAUGGGCUUUCAAUUCCCACUACCAUCAGAGCUUUUGCUCCACAAGAAACCAAUCCAAACCCUAAUCCUCCCUCCAAUCCAGCUCCUGUUCCAGUGGUGAAGAAGAAGAGGAAUCUCCCAGGAACGCCAGAUCCAGAUGCCGAGGUGAUAGCUCUAUCGCCCAAGACACUCAUGGCCACAAACCGAUUCUUCUGUGAAAUCUGCAAUAAAGGGUUUCAGAGAGACCAGAACUUGCAGCUUCAUCGGAGAGGGCAUAAUCUGCCGUGGAAGCUCCGUCAACGGACGAGCAAAGAAGUGAGGAAGAGAGUUUACAUCUGCCCCGAGAAGAGCUGCGUUCAUCACGAUCCAUCUAGGGCUCUUGGAGAUCUUACUGGGAUUAAGAAACAUUUUAGCAGAAAACAUGGUGAGAAGAAAUGGAAGUGUGAGAAAUGUUCGAAGAAAUACGCUGUCCGUUCCGAUUGGAAAGCCCACAACAAGACUUGCGGAACUCGAGAGUAUAAAUGCGACUGCGGAACACUGUUUUCCAGGAAGGAUAGUUUCAUCACCCACAGAGCUUUCUGUGAUGCUUUAGCGGAAGAGAGUGGUAGACUCAUUUCUGUUGCAGCACCUACAAACCUAAACUUCGGACCUGAUUCAUCGAUCAACGACACCACACCUAGCCUGCCUCAUGGGUUCGGCAGCCGAGGAGGAGAUGUCGCUGGGAUUCCUCAAUUUAGCCAGGCCAUGUUUCACAAUAAUGCUCUCGGCGAUACUAUAGACGAUCAUCAUCAUCAGAAUCAGAAGCCCAGGUUGCCGAUUUGGCUGGAUCAUCAACAUCAUCAUCAUCAUCAAGCUAAUUCAAAUGCUUUCCUGCCGUCAAGCUCUAUGGGUCUGCCUGAAUUGAUGCAAAUGGCAUCAUCGACCAACCUCUAUGGCUCGUCUUCUUCUAUGGUGGACUUUGGAGUUUGGCUGGAUCGGCCAUCGACAAGUGCUAGUCUCUCUUUGUCCACUUCUCCACGGGGAUUAAAGGAGGAAGGUAACAGUAACAACAGCAACAAGGGCCCUAUGGUUGAAAGCUUAGCUUCAUUGUACUCAUCUAGUACUCAUUCAGGUCAAGCGCAGCAAGGAAGUCCCGCCCACAUGUCAGCCACUGCACUUUUACAGAAGGCAGCCCAGAUGGGAUCCACAAGAAGCAGCAACGCGAACCCCAACCCUCCAUUCCUCGGUGGCUUCGCAGUAUCCACCACCAGUACCACUGCCGGAAAUGUCGCCGGAAUGCCUCAACUGAACCUGAGCUCUUUAAUAUGCGGCCCAAAUGCAAAUGAAGUGGAUCACAGCCUGACGAGAGAUUUCCUGGGAGUAGGAGAUGAGGGUGGCCGCCCAUUCUUACAGGAGGAGUUGGCGAGGUAUGCUUCCAUGGGAGACUUUAGCCACCAUUACAAUGGCAACCAUUGACGGCUCCAUUACUGAAACCCAUGUAGUGUGUAUACCAUAUUAUCAUAUCAUACGUCUCUACUAGCCGGCCGGCCGAGUUGUCAUCGUCACAUCAAUGGGACACUUUGGCUGCCAUUGCCCACUGGUGAAGGGAAUAACGAGACAAGAGAGUGGGAAGAACAGUUAUGAGUCAUAAGAGGAAAAAGUGAGACAACGAACACAGAAAGAGACAGGAACAGAAGGAAGCCUACCCUGUGCAUGUGCAUGUGAGCGAGAGAAGCAAAAGGGAAGGGAGUGAGACUGAGACAUCCAUGCAGGUUCUGUUAUUUUCUCGCAUUCCCAAUCGUUUUCCUUUUGAAAGUUGAAACUGUAACUACACGGAAGAUAACUGGUUGACCGUUAGUCAAAGUUGUGAAGCUAUUAUGUCAACCUCUUCUCUAUGUAAACGAUAAUGCUUUGCCCCUCUUCUUCCCUUGUCUAUCCUUUUAAGUAACUUUCUUUAGUUGAAUUCAAGGGUCAGGCAAGGUGGCUUCCUCUUGACUGUGGGUGAAGAAAAACUAUAAUGUAGUUGGGAAAAGCUUAGUUGGGUUGAAUUGAUUGAGUCAAUGACUAUAAGAUAUGGCAAUCUUCUUUCUA